AAAAAGUCAGUAAUGUUACUUCACCAACCAAGCACCUACAAUUGACCAACCACAACCAUGGCGGCAGUGUGGCAGACGGUAACGGAGGCGAUCAACAGCUACACGGGGCUGUCGCCGACGGCGUUCUUCACUAUACUGGCACUCAUGUACGUCACUUACAAAGUGGUUUCAGGCAUGUUUGUGGCGGCGGAUGACUACGCCGCCGUCAAAAGGGCGAACGAAAUUGCCCUCCGCGAACCGGUGCAGAUGGGCGAUGUCACCGAGGAGGAUUUGAGAGCAUACGAUGGCUCCGAUCCCAACAAGCCCUUACUCAUGGCUAUCAAAGGACAGAUCUACGACGUCUCUCGUUCUAGGAUGUUCUAUGGACCCGGUGGCCCAUAUGCACUGUUUGCUGGUAGGGAUGCAAGCAGAGCCUUGGCUCUCAUGUCGUUCGACCCCAAAGACCUUACUGGGAAUAUUCAAGGCCUGAGUGAUUCAGAGCUGGAGGUUCUCCAAGACUGGGAAUACAAGUUCAUGGAGAAAUAUGUUAAGGUUGGUCAAUUAUUUUCCUCGGAUGCCUCAUCCGAGUCCAAACAAACUGAACAUGCUGGUGAUGCAAGCAAGCUCGAUGAAGAUAAAUCGCAAGAAAAUAAAUCACAAGGAAAUGAAACGCAGCAGUAAGAGACAUUGGUGACCACAUACUUCUCACCUUUUUUGGCUAACUGCAUAGUUUCUACACUAGUGUAUAUCUCCGUUGAAAAUGUCUUGGAUAUUCUGUUUAGAUCGAGGUUUGGAUUUUACUGAUUCAAAAAUGUAAGAGGAUACUAUGCUGUUUGUAAUAUGCUUUUUAUGGCAAUAAAAUAUUGUUUGGAGUUUGGUCUCA